AAGCCAUUUGCCUGACAUGAGUACAGAACUGAAUUUCCUCAUACUUUGAAUUGGAGAUUUAAUAGAUCUGUCAUGCUCAGCGGGAAGCGCAUCGCUGAUGUGGGUUAUAAGCUCUUCUCGGGCUCCAUGAUGCUGUUGACGGUGUACGGCGGAUACCUGUGCGUCCUGCGGGCUCAACGGUACAUGCAGAGACAGAAACAGCUGGAGCUGGCGGCGCAGAAUGAGAGCGCGGCCUCAGAGACCAUAAAGACUGAAGACACAGGCUGUAAAUAACCACUUAACCAGACACUGAUCAUGUCACACGUGGCCCAGCAGAAACCCACCUGCGUUCAUGACCCUCAAAGGGUUUCUUUUCCUUUUUGUGGAGUUCAAUGAGAUCUUAUGUGUUGUAAUAUAUUAAAUGUUCCUUAUAAAAAUCCACUAUCAUGA